AUGGCAGGUGAUUGUCCUAAGAACAUUUCUUCCAAUGUUUUUCUCUCCCUUCCCAUCGAAUCUAAAGCUUCGAAUUCAAAGCGCGGCCGAUCUGUUUCGGACGCUGGCUCCGAACAAUCUGCGAGAUCCAGCCUGUCUAGAAUUACAUAUGUUGAGGAAGAUGCUCAGAUCGUUGCAUAUCCAGACCCAGAAGAUUCUGAUAGCAUCAUCCCGGCCAAUUACGCCUACUUAGAUCGUCUGAUUGUGUUCAUUCGUAUCUUGUUCUGUCUACCAAUUCCAGUGAUGAUGAAGAAGAACAAGAAAUCUCCAAGGUCUGUCGAGGCCGUGCCAUUCGAUAUGGAGAGCUCUCCAUGGGUACUCUCCGUGUUCGUUCUAUCAACGCGCAAAGAUUCGGAUAAACAUCCAGUGCCCAAACACGCGAAGUGUACUAUAGAUACCGGUAAUAUGCAAGGAAACAUCGUGUCGAGGCAUUUCGUUGAGAACGUCCUGGAGUAUUCAGAAGCAAACUUUGUUCGUUUGACGGCGGAGGAAAGGGAGGGCGGCUUUGGUAUAACAGGCCACAAACUUGUGCCGGAAGGAGCCAUCUAUUUGACUUGGUAUCACAGCAAGAGUACUAGGGUUUUCCAUAGCAUGAGAUUUCUAAUCUCGCCCCAUUCCCAAUGCGACCUCAUCAUUGGAGCUCGAUCCAUACUGAAGGACAACCUGCUUGGCGUUCCCAACCUGAUGGCAACAAUACCCGCUAAAGUUGCAAACACCGGGGAUUUAGAAAUGGAUAAAGAAGAGGAGGAGCUUAAAAAGGAUCUUCUGAAUCGGGAGAGGAGCUACCAAAAAAAGGAAGUCGAGCUGAUGGAAGCGGAAGAGGAUAUAGAAAACAACAAGGAGUUAAAGGAAUAUAGAGAUCUCCGUGAUGUCGCCGAGAAAUCCUAUCUAAUUCGAAAGGCAGAACUGGACAACAAAGAAGAGCUAGCAACCCAACUGAAAGAAGAACGGGAGAAGCUACCAGGCUAUGAUAAUUAUGUGGUCCUCUCUAAGUCACAGACUAAUUCCUCUGGUCUAGAACAAAAGAAUGAUGCAGGUUUAGUUCGACGUGCCGCCAAGAAUACAAGUGAAACAUCUCCACCUAAGGGAUAA